AUGAAAAAAUUAUGGGAUUUGGUAGCAAGAGACUUAUCAAAUAUUCAUAAAGUAACAAUUGCAUUAAGCAAAUGUGAAAAUAGAUUUAAGGUGCUGGAUAGGAAGUAUAAAAAGUUUGUCGAUAAAAAUGCGAAAACAGGUAGAGGUCGUACAAACUUUGAAUUUGAAAAAGAAUUUGAAGAAAUUUAUGGUGGCAAAUCAAAUGUUCAUCCCCAGGUUCUUUUGUCUAGCGAAAUCGAAGUUAUUUUACAUCUAGACGAACAAGAAAAUACACAUGAGGUUGAAAAUGAUCAACAAGCACAUUCUGCACAAGCACCUUCAGAAACACUAGCUCACGGUUCUAGAAAUGCAGAAAACAGUGAGAAAAUACAUAUCGAUCGAGAAAAAUUGGAAUUGGACAAAGAAAAACAGAAGGAGAAAGUAAAAAGAAAAGCUUCUUAA